CGUCAGGAGGUAGGGUGUGCGUCGCUCUUUAAAAGUUUUGCUCUGUGACCGAAAUUAGGCACCAAAAUUAACAGAAAACUUUGCAAAGCGCUGGAUUGUUAAAUGUGAAUUACACUCAUGAAUGAAAUUGUUCAGUGUUCGUGGCAUCAUGCAUGCUAGUGUUGGUAUAAUUCUGAAGUAUUAGAAAAAGAGAAUUCAUAGGCAUGUGUUUUGGAUUUGUGUGUACACAAACAAAUUGCCUAAUGAAUGGAUAGAAAAUUAAUCCACUAUAUUUGUGAGAAGCAUCUCGUACACUCCAAGGAAAAAGAAUGACUUCCCCAGGAGGGCUGCUGGAGGCGGCGGCCAUCAAGCAGGAGGUGGACGCGUCGCCCGACGGAGGCGCUGACGCCGGCAGCGCGGACGACGCUGAGGCUCCUGCGCUGUCCGCAGUUGCGGAAAAAACUCGUAAAGGUCGCUCCAGCGACGCGUGCAGCUCGUUCAGCUCCCCCACAUCCACGUCCCCCACCUCAUCCACCGCCAGCAUCCACACCACAGCGCCGGCGGUGGAUGAAGGGAGCGCCCGCAUCACAGCCACCAUCGCCAAGACAUCCCCGUGUGUUAUAGAGGUGCUAUUCCUACCUGGAGGUGUUGUAGAGGUGCUAUUCCUACCUGGAGGUGUUAUAGAGGUGCUAUUCCUACCUGCAGGUGUUAUAGAGGUGCUAUUCCUACCUGGAGGUGUUAUAGAGGUGCUAUUCCUACCUGGAGGUGUUAUAGAGGUGCUAUUCCUACCUGCAGGUGUUAUAGAGCCUGUGCAGCAGUACGUGGCAGUGCAGGAGGCAGCACUGCUGGAGGCUGCAGCAGCAGCAGCAGCAGCUCCUGCAGAGCCUGGAGUGGACUUCUUCUCGCAGGACCCCACAGCGCCCCCUUCAGCGCCCCCUUCGGUGCCCCUCAGCGGCGCCUCUAAGCGCAAGCAAUAUUCCAGUUCGUAUUUCGAGAGCGGGGACCGCAGCAGCAUAUCCCCUCCCCCCGCCAAGAGGCUAGGGGGGCUGUUCUCCCCCCCGUACCCCGCGAUGGGGGGCAGCAGCCCCGACCCCCCCUCCCUCCUCACCCCCACACAGCUCCCCACCACCUCCACCGCCCCCACCAACGCCGUCAAUGACGAUGAAUGGAAGAACAUACAUAUGACUUGCGCGCGGUGUGGCCGGUCUGCGGACUACGACGCAGAGGUCCGCAGACACGCAGCCGAGCUCGUGGCGCAGGCCAUCCGUGCCACGGAGGACAGGGUGGCCGAGGUCAAGCGCAAGGCAGAGGAGGCGGUGAGUGAAGUGCGGCGGGCGGCGGUGGCGGAAGUGCAGCGCGCGGCGGCGGCGGCGGAGACGCGCGCGCAGGAGCUCGUGACGGCUGAGCGCGCGCGCCUCGAGGGCCUCGUGCGCGAGCUCGCGCGCCGCGACGCUGGUGACCCUCGCCCCGACCCCCACCAGGCUUGCUGGAACUGCGGACGCAAGGCGCACGAGACGUGCAGCGGCUGCAACACGGCGCGCUACUGCGGUCCCUUCUGUCAGCACAAGGACUGGGACGCCCACCAUAAGGUGUGCUCACCCACCCUCGCCUCCACCACCACCACAACCACCAACAACAACCUAAACAACCACACCAAUAACAACCUAAACAACCACACCAAUAACAACAUUACAAGUAGUAGCAGUAACAAUAACUCCAGCAGUAAUGGCGCUAACUCUAACGGGUUAGGCAUGUCACCCGUUGGUGUUAUUAACGGGCUACAGCCUCCCGUGGGGCUACACAACGGGCACCAGCCCCCCGUGGGGCUACACAACGGGCACCAGCCCCCCGCGGGGCUCCACAACGGGCACCAGCCCCCCGUAGCCCCCAAGCUAGCCACCGUCACCCACAAGCUCCUUGCUAAGGCCGCCGAAGUUAAUAAAAUGGAAUGAGGUUUAUUAUGGUUGGGAGGCCUAGCCCAAGAAAUGGACGCAUUUACCCCAAAACUAAAUUUAAAAUAUUACCUAGUACUCAGUGCAGUGAGUGACA